AUGUUUCCCAGCAAGUGUGUAUCUCUCGAUUCUCUCUUUGGCAUUCGAGAGUCGGACCCGCUGUUGGGUGCAGUGAGCUCGUUUGGAUUUGGCGGAUCGAAUGCACACGCCGUCGUCGAGGUAGGCCCGACUUUCAAGUCAACGUGGACGGACAACUGGGAGCAGACUACAGCGGGGCACGAAGAAGGGCACGCAAAAGUCAUUUGGCUGUUCACCGGGCAGGGAUCUCAGUACUUAGACAUGGCAUGUGCCUACUUCCACCACAGUGCAACAUUCAGAGACAUGCUUGCUGAAUGCACUGCCUGCUUGAAGGAAAUGCACUGGUUCCCAGAUGAUGGGCCACAAAGCAUUGAAGAUAUGAUAUACGGCGCAGGGUCGCAACCAGACAGGAAAGCAAUGGAGGAACUAUUGAGCCAAACGCGGUACUCGCAAGUUGCCAUUCUUGCGAUAGAGCUCGGUUUGAGUAAGGUUCUUCUGGACCGCGGAAUGAAACCGGACAUUGUUAUUGGUCACAGCCUGGGUGAGUACGCAGCAGCUACUGUUGCCGGUGUAAUGGGAUGGAGGGAUGCGUUGUGCUUGGUUGCGAAGCGCGCUUCCUUGUUAGCAGCACAGCCAAACCAGAACGGGGUCAUGGUGGCCUGCCGGCUGUCAGCUGCUGCAGUCCAGUCUGCCCUUUCCACCGACAUGCAGCAUUUAGGAGCAGUGGCUCUCGCAGGAGACAACGCCCCUCAAAGCGUCACAAUUUCAGGCACCAAAGAAGACGUAGACGCAUUGUUGGAGCAUCUGGGAGUUUCGGAGAUCUCCAGGCGCCUGCACGUGUCUCAUGCCUUCCACUCUCCUCUGAUGGCCGGCGCCGUCGCGGAAAUGGAAGCCAUUGCCUCCAAGGUAAACUUGCAGCCUGCGUCUAUCACAAUUGCUUCAACGGUGCGUGGACGCGUUCUGGAUCCGUCGGAAACACAAGAUCCGCACUAUUGGGGAGAACAGCUUACACUGCCUGUGAGAUUUAGAGAGGCUGUGGAGGCGGCCGUAGCAGCAGUCAAUUCCGAUCGAAUCGUAUUUUUGGAGGUCGGGCCACAGCGUACGCUAGUUUCGGAGAUCUCCAGGCGCCUGCACGUGUCUCAUGCCUUCCACUCUCCUCUGAUGGCCGGCGCCGUCGCGGAAAUGGAAGCCAUUGCCUCCAAGGUAAACUUGCAGCCUGCGUCUAUCACAAUUGCUUCAACGGUGCGUGGACGCGUUCUGGAUCCGUCGGAAACACAAGAUCCGCACUAUUGGGGAGAACAGCUUACACUGCCUGUGAGAUUUAGAGAGGCUGUGGAGGCGGCCGUAGCAGCAGUCAAUUCCGAUCGAAUCGUAUUUUUGGAGGUCGGGCCACAGAGGACGCUUGUGAAUCUUGCAAGCCAGAUUCUGGGGAAGCGGCAGCUCAACUGGGUGAAGUAUGUUGGACUGGCAGGACGUGACCGCACUUCAGAAUCCAGGGAUGCAGUUGAAACGUGUCUGAAAGAAAUAUCCGUUUCGGUGGGGCCUCGCCAGGCGUGCCUCUGGAACCACAAGAGGUUCCCUUUCCCACUCGAAAGUACAGAGCGACAACGCGUCCAGGCAACCGCCGGUUCAUCUGGAUCGACAAUGACUCAAGUUGUUCACGGUCAGCUAUGGAAGGUGGUAUGGAAAGAGGUGGCACUGCCUAAUGCGCCAUCAAAAUCCCUCUCCGAACGUGCACAAAACUGGCUGUUUUGCGGAGUUCCCAAGGAGCACGUUUCUGCCUUCCGCAACAUUCUCAAAUCGUCAAGCAUAGGCACCGCUGCAGUUGUGGAGGCUGGUUGCAUACAAGCAGACGCACUGCUUCCGUGCUUACCUUCUGGGCGUCUAGACAGUAUCAUAUUUGUUGGUGGCCUGUGGAAGUCCUCCACGUCCACAGCUUGCCUCGAAGAGCUACGGGUUACGCUCCUUGCUUACUCACGAUCAGCACAAAACGACCCGAGAUUCAGCCCUACCUUCUGUGUCGUUGCCAGUUGCAGUAAUAGGUCUUUCGGCAUUUCCACUCAGCUUCAUCCCAGCAAGCAUGGAACUGAUUCUGAUGUCAGGCAAUCUGGGCUCCUAGGCAUGUGCCGGACAAGUCGCCUGGAAGUUCAAAGACUUUGCAGGAGGCCGUUUCCGAUGUUAUACGUGAAUGUUGAAGACGCGUCAGCUGUAUGCCUCAGCAAGGCGUGGAGUUGGAUUGACAGCCAGUGCAGUUUAUUGGCAAGCAAGUCAUCCGCGUUAGUUGAGGAAGACAUCAUCAUCACGGGCAGUUGCCACAUGGCUCCCCGCCUAGAGCAGGUUUCAACUUCUAAUUCAAAAAACAGAGUCGUCGUUUCACCCAAAAAGUCCUAUCUAGUUACUGGGGGUACUGGCGGACUCGGCCUGAGUGUCGCAGAGUGGCUUCUAGAAAAGGGCGCAGGAUUGGUUGCUGUCUUGUCAAGAAGUGGCAGGCCAGCUGAUGCUUUGCUGCAGUCGGCAUCAUGGAGGGCUGUUGAAGAGGGAAUCAAUGCGCAUCGGGCUGCGGUCAUGCUAUGUGAUGUGUCGGAUGCUCAACGUGUCAAGGAUACGCUAUCCAAAAUCAACGGAAGCAUUCCCAUUGGUGGAAUAUUCCACUGCGCUGGGUACGAGGGAGAGGCCAGUCUUCUUGAUUCUAGCCUGCGGAGUAUUGAAUGCGUUUACGAGCCGAAAGCACAUGGAGCAUGGAAUCUGCACCUUGCUUGCCAAGAAUUAGAUUUGGAACAUAGCCUGGAUAUGUUCGUUCUCUUUUCCUCCAUCUCCGCUCUACCUGGGAAUGAUGCUUUAGCUACAUAUGCUGCUGCCAACGCAUAUUUAGAUUCGCUGGCAUUCUGGCGGAGGUCACAAGGACUUCACGCCCAAAGCAUUCAGUGGGGACCGUGGAAUGAUGUAGGCAUGGUCACAAGGAACGAAAAGCUCGGAAGGGUAUUCAAGUCCCGUGGGAUCAAUCCAUUCAUGCCUCAAGAAGGCAUUAAAGCUAUGGAGCUGGCCUUAGAAACUGGGGAACCAUGUGUGUGCGCCUUGAAUGUAAACUGGAAAAAAUAUUCCCAGGCAUUUAGCCACACUAUUCCACGAGCCCUAGCAGAAAUAGAAUUGGAAGCGCAAAAUCCUCCCAAGAGCUCUAGGGAGGAAGGCCCAUCAAGAGACUCCAUAGAAGCAAUAGUUCUUGAGGCUGCAAAAUCGUUGGUUGACCAAGGCGGACGAAUCACUUCAGAAACACGUCUGGAUGAACUAGGCCUUGACUCCUUGGGCUCUGUCGAGCUUCGAAAUCUCCUUCAGGAACGUCUCGCAAUGAGUUUGCCAGCUUCGUUGCUUCUCGAAUUUGCAACCCUAGGUGAGGUUGUUAAUUACAUUGCUGAAGACCUCUGUGGGGGACCUACAUUGAGCUCCACAAGUCGAACAACAGCUCCCAGGCGUAAUCUCUUAGGAGACUCGGAAGAGGGAUUCGCGGUGAUUGGCAUGGGUUGCCGACUUCCGGGAAAAAGCAAUUCGCCUGAGGAGUUUUGGAGUAUGUUACUAGCUGGGACUGACUGUGUUGAAGAUAUCCCAUGGCAACGAUUCAAUAUACAGCCUCUUUUCGAUCCCGAGCCUGAUGAGAACAAAUGCUACGUAAAGGAAGCAGCCCUGCUGGAUAAUGCUCAUUUGUUUGACAAUGAGUUCUUUAAGAUGACCGAAAGUCAGGCGAGGAAUAUUGAUCCUCAGCAGCGUGUCCUACUCGAAGUGGCUUAUGAAACGUUAGUCGAUGCGCAAUAUAAACGGGAAGAGGUGAAAGGCCAGGAAAUAGGGGUAUUUUGUACAACGUACACCAAUGAUUAUCAACUGUCUAGUCUGACCAAAGGAGAAAACGGUAUCCUUGCUAUUGGAGAAGGAAUGGAUGGCGGUGUACCCCGCUUAGGUGAAGCAUCCGGAUAUCCUGAGCCAGGUGGUAUGAUGUGCUUGAUCCCCAACAGGAUAUCGUACUCCUUUGGCUUUAUCGGACCCAGCGUUGGCGUUGAUACCGCGUGUGCUUCAGGCCUAGUAGCCCUGGAUACAGCGAUUUCGAAGCUGAGACUGUGUGCAUGCUCAAAAGCGUUCGUUGGUGCAGUUAGUUUGAUCCUCGUUCCUUGCUUCUUCUUGGGUGGAAGCAAGACUCGACAAUUCUCAAAAUUUGGCAGGUGCCGCACAUUUGACGCUGGAGCAGAUGGUCUAGUACGUGGUGAAGGGGCUGCCGGAGUCUUGCUUGCGCCCUUAUCCACUGCACGGUCAGAGUCAAAAUUCGUGCACGCUAUUGUGCGCGGCACGGCAAUAUCUCAUUAUGGGCAGGGUGCACGGUUAACAGCGCCAAAUACUAGAGCUCUUGCUAGAGUUUUGAGCCUGGCGCUAAAUGAUAGUGGAGUUGACCAAUCCAUGGUGAGGUGCUACGAGGCGCAUGGCACAGCUACAGUUCUCGGAGACAUCAUAGAAAUGAAUGCACUCAAGCAGGUGUUUGAAAACCGGUCAGACGAAGCCCCACUGAUCGUCGGUACUGCACACAAUAAUAUCGGGCACCUUGAUUCGGCUGCAGCAUUAGUUGCGUUUGUGAAAACCGUCCUCUCUCUCAAGCAUCGAUAUGUGCCACCAAAUAUCCAGUUCAGCAAGAUACAUCCAGACAUUGGGGCUUUCGACACACGGAAAAUAGUUUACACCCGAGAGGGCCAAGCUAUCCGUACCGCUGAUAACCAAACAAGAAUAUUCGGUGCAAACCUUGCCUAUGGUCUGGGUGGUACAGUGGUGGCCGCAAUCACCGAAGAGGGUGACGACCCUGGAAAAGCACCGCAGGUGGCGCGUCAUGUUUGGAAGCACAAUUCCUUUCCCCUAGAUUCUCAGAAAUUUGUCUUCUUACUGGGAGCAGCAGCACAGCUGGCGCAAGACAGGAAACACACUCCUCGGGACGAUGCAGCCUCCUUGAUCAGCUGCAUCUGCAACGAUAUGCUUAGCAAGCAGAACCUGGCAUCGUUGAGCCCUUCCACGCCCCCUGACUUGGUUUCUGAGAUCUUUUUAACCGGAGCUACGGGACUCACUGGCAGCCGCAUUUUGUUAAGUCUACUGGAACAGCAAGUGGACGGCAGGAACGACGGCCGGAAGGGGUUCCCUCGCAUUUACUGUCUGGUCCAAGCACGCGACCGCAUGCACGCUAUGUAUAGAAUUGUGGAUGCUGUUGUAGGGAGAGGCAAUCAGUGGAAGCAACGCUUCUUUGAGCAAGUCGUGCCAGUCGUCGGGGAUUUGAGGGCGCAAAGGCUGGGCCUGUCUCAGAAGACAUUUGAUGAAUUGGCGAAUAAAGUCGAGGCAGUUUACCAUGCUGGAAGGGUUGUAGAUUUUGCACUGCCAUAUGAAGCAAUACGUAAGGCAAACGUCCUGUCUCUUCUGCCUCUGGUCGAGUUGUGUACGACAGGCAAGGCCAAACACCUUCACGUGCUGUCAGACUUUGCGGCCCACAUCCAGUACUUUGGAGCAUUCGCUGGUGACCUCAACCAGCCAAUAUUGGAAGAAUUAUCUGUCCCGCAACCAUUGAUGGACAGGAUGGAAAACCAAAUGCCCGCAAGUGUCAUGGGUUACCCGUGGGCACGCUGGGCUGUCGAAGAGGUACUUGCUAAGUGUCAGAGUUGGAUGGGUAACCUGCAUGCAUCAGCAGGGGGCGACUUCCACGACAUCAAAACCAAGUUCAGAUUCACAAUAUACAGGCUGCCAAAUUCUGCAGUAUACUUCGAUAAUGGCAGAGUCGACUUCCUGAAUCCAUUUUUUACGAUUACGAUGGCUGCCUUGCAACAGGGUCUAAUCCCUCCGGGAGUUUUACCUGUAGGGCCUCCCUUCCUAAGCACGCCCAUUGAUAUUUCAGCAGACAUCUUAGUUAAACUUUCAAGGCUCCCCCAUCGUCCAACUGUCAUGCACAUUGUCAACCCGGUUGGGGUCCGACGGGAAGCGGUCAACCAAACUCUGCUUGCUCUAAAGAUUCCAUUCCGAGAGUCAUGCGAAGAUGAAUUCCUCCGAGGAAUCGAAAACAACCAAAAUGGCUCAGCCGCUUACACGUUGCUUCCGGUUAUGCGUUUUUGGAGGCGUUACUGGUUCUCUGAAGACCUUGACAGGAGCGACGCCUUCCCACUUUCCACAGCAAAUGUAGAGGCCUGUCUUCCCAACGCUUUGAACCAGUUCCCCCAUCCUAGUGAAGUUUGGACGAGAAUUCUUGCCUACUGCUUGACGAACUACCACCUAAUCAGGGACCCCUUCGACAGCAUCUUGCCGAUGGGAUUCCUACAACGUGUUGGUUCCUCGCUUAUUGCAACGAACUUGUUCGGACGUAUGUCAACCGACACGCAGAAUAUGCUAAAAUUGGCAGUGCGUGGUGAAGCCAACAAGGAGAUAGAACAGGCGCUUGAUUGGCACAGCAAGGAAUUCGAGGCUACUCAUUUUUUCAGUUUCCUUUCUGCCUUGCGAUAG